AUGAUCGGGGCUCCGAGCGCCUGUCUGGGAUGCUUUCUGGGUGGCUACGUGGUCUCCAAGCUGAACCUGAGCUGCCACAACAUCAUACGCAUGUGCAUUGCCGUCUCGGUGUUCAACUGGUUCGUCUUCUACGCGCUGCUCAUCUCCUGCCCGGACAUGCGAUUCGAGGGCAUCGACAUGGCGAACAAGAUUGUACUCACGCCCAAGUGCAGCAGCGACUGCAUGUGUCCGCUCAGCUUCAAUCCCAUCUGCGGUCGAGACUCGAAGAUGUACCUGUCCCCGUGCCUUGCUGGCUGCCGCAACGAGUCCCCGUUCGUCGAGGCAUCGACCACGCUCUACACUGAUUGCGACUGCAUCAGCAUAGCUAACGACAACCAAACCGAAUUCGUGGUGGAGGCCGAAAGGGUGCGGUGUUCUCAGGAAUGCGCCGCCUACGGCUUCUACAUGGUGGCGACAUUCUUUUGCAUGUUCGGCACCUUCUACAUCAGCGCGCCGGGCAUCAGCAUCACCAUCAGGUGCGUCUCGGCAAAGCAGAAGUCUUUCGCCUUAGGAGUACAGUGGGCCUUUAUACGUCUCCUGGCCUUGUCCUAG